UACAGGUCUCCAAGUUAGCUGAUGUCAUGGUCAGACAUGGUGUGAAGAAAGGAGAUCGUGUGGUCAUCUACAUGCCCAUGAUUCCACAGACAGUGUACUGUAUGCUGGCUUGUGCAAGAAUAGGAGCCAUCCACAGCCUGAUUUUUGGUGGAUUUGCGUCUAAAGAGCUUUCUGUUCGCAUUGAUCAUGCAAAGCCCAAACUUAUUGUAACAGCAAGUUUUGGAGUAGAACCGAAAAGGAAAGUGGAAUACAUAUCCCUCCUAGAAGGAGCACUGGCAAGGGUACAGAGCAAACCUGAUAAAGUUCUCAUUUACAUGCGACCUAAUUUGGGCCAUGUUCCUCUUGCCUCAGGUCGGGAUCUUGAUUGGGAAGAAGAGCUUGCAAAAGCACAGUGUUAUAAAUGUGUCUCUGUUCCCUCAGAUCAUCCACUUUAUAUUCUAUAUACAUCUGGAACAACAGGCUUGCCCAAGGGUGUUGUCAGACCAACAGGUGGCUAUGCAGUUAUGCUGAACUGGACGAUGUCGGCUGUAUAUGGACUCAAACCUGGUGAGGUGUGGUGGGCAGCUUCUGAUUUAGGCUGGGUUGUUGGUCAUUCCUACAUUUGCUAUGGGCCUCUCCUUCAUGGGAAUACUACAGUUUUAUAUGAGGGGAAGCCUGUGGGAACGCCAGAUGCUGGUGCCUAUUUCCGUGUGCUAGCAGAGCAUGAAGUAGCUGCCUUCUUUACUUCACCAACUGCAAUUAGAGCAAUCCGUCAGCAGGACCCUGAGGCAGCCUUGGGAAAGCAGUACUCUCUGAAAAGGUUCAGAACAUUAUUCGUAGCUGGUGAGCACUGUGAUGUGGACACGCUAGAAUGGUCAAAGAAAAUCUUCAAGGUACCUGUACUGGACCACUGGUGGCAAACUGAAUCUGGUUCUGCAAUUACUGCUUCCUGUAUUGGUUUGGGAAACUCUACAACACCUCCACCCGGACAGGCAGGAAAACCAGUGCCAGGAUACAAUGUGAUGAUUCUGGAUGAAAAUAAGGAACCCGUGAAAGCGAAGACUUUAGGAAAUAUUGUGGUAAAGUUGCCUUUGCCUCCUGGAGCAUUCUCAGGUCUUUGGGAAAAUCAGGAAAUGUUCCAGAAGUUAUAUUUCCAAAAAUUUCCAGGAUAUUAUGAUACUAUGGAUGCAGGUUAUAUGGAUGAAGAUGGCUAUUUAUAUGUCCUGUCUCGAGCUGAUGAUGUGAUCAAUGUCGCUGGACACAGAAUUUCAGCAGGCGCGAUUGAAGAGUGUGUUCUCUUCCAUCACGCUGUGGCAGACUGUGCUGUUGUGGGCCAGGAGGAUCCGUUAAAAGGACACGUUCCGUUUGCGCUGUGUGUACUGAGAGAAGGUGUAAAGACAGAAGAGGAGGAGAUUUUGGAAGAGAUUGUUGAGCGAGUUAGAACAAGCAUUGGUCCAGUAGCAGCUUUCCAGAAGGGAGUGUUUGUGAAACAGCUCCCAAAAACACGCUCUGGCAAGAUACCACGUUCAGCUCUUUCUGCACUUGUCAGUGGAAAGCCAUAUAAGAUAACACCGACCAUUGAAGAUGCUACUGUGUUUAAACACAUUGAAGAAGUGUUAAAGAAAAAUAAAAUGGGAUAA